AAAUCUUUAUCAAAGAUUGUUAACCCAGCAGGUAUGAUGCCUCACAUGCCUGCAUAAAUAUAAGCAUAAACUGCUGAGAGGUAAAAGGUGACGUGACAUUAUGCCUGGAGAGCGGAGAAGCGAAAGGAGGGCAAAAUGAUUGCUUGCAGAGAAAAGAAAAAGUGUUACAUAUAGUGGAUUCGUAAAGGUCUUUCAGGGUUUAAUUCCGUGACGAUCUGGUGAAGCUGUUGAGUUUUAAGAUUGUGUUGGACAGUGCAGUUAAAAGAAGAAACAUUUGGGAUGCUUACAUAUAGCAUAUACAAGGUUCCUGAAUGUCACCUUAUUUGGCCGGAAGGUGGCAAUACAUUGCUUUUACAUUCGAAACGUUCUGCGAAUGGUCGAUAUUUAGGAAGCUGAUUUGUCAUGUGUUUUAAGUUUGAUCAGGGAAGCUGGAGAUGUAGCCAACACUUAGUGCAUUUGUUUCUCUUUGGCAAGUCAGGUUUUCCCUUAGCUGUGCAAAUCAGUAUUUGUUUUUGGUUAUGGAGCAUGCCCGAGGUUAUAAUCACUUGCCCAUACGAAAUGGUAACAACAUUUUGAGGCCUUCAUCAAUCUAUGAAAGGGUUCCCCUUGUGAUUAGGAAUGAAGGACAGUUUCAGAAUACGGCUCGUAAUCUUACAAGAAAAUUUCAAGAAAGCUUCUAUGGUGCAGGAUGCUAUGACAGUGGACCAGCUUCAAAGAGAAGAAGAGAAGUUUACUUAAGCAAUCCAUUAAGUUUUGACAACCACCUUCCAUUUGCAAGGAGAUUUGAAGAUGGCAUUUGUAACUCAUGGGGCAUUAACAACUACUCUACUUUUACUGGUAGAACAGAGGAAAGCUAUUGUAAUAGGAUUAGCUUUAAUAGUAACUCCAUUUUGUCUUGGAGACAUGAAGAAAAACUUUCUGAUGUGGUAAACUCUAAUAGUGGAAACAUGUUAACCAAAAAUGAUGAAUUUAUGACUGGAGUUGGUAACAACUCUGAUGGUUUUGAUCACUACUUAUCAAGGGAAGAGAUUGAGAGAUGCUCCCCAUCAAGAAGAGAUGGAAUUGAUUUACAGAAAGAAACUUAUUACAGAUACUCUUAUUGUGCUUUUCUUCAAACUUUGGGAAUGCGAAUGCAACUUCCACAGACAACAAUUGCUUCUGCCAUGGUUUUCUGCCAUCGGUUUUUCCUACGGCAUUCUCAUGCAACUCAUGACAGAUUUUUAAUUGCAACAGCUGCAUUGUUCUUGGCAGCAAAAUCAGAGGAAACUCCUCGUCCCCUGAAUAGUUUACUUUUUGUAUCAUAUGAAAUUUGUCAUAAGCAUGAAUUGGAAAAUUUCCACCAUUUACUUCCAAUUGAUUGGUUUGAGCAGUAUAAGCAACGGGUUCUGGAAGCUGAACAAAUGGUACUAACCACUUUGGAUUUUGAGCUUACUAUUGAGCAUCCUUAUAACCCUCUCAUGUCAGUCUUGAACAAGAUUGGACUGGCCCAAACUGUUCUGGUACAUGUGGCAUGGAACUUGGUCAGUGAAGGGGAUUUCCUAGGAUGUAUGCAAAUUUUUAUCUGCACAAUAAGCUUUGCAGGCUUCGAAGCUCUCUCUGUCUCCAAUUCAAGCCUCAGCACAUUGCAGCAGGAGCCACAUUUCUUGCUGCCAAAUUUCUCAAUUUUAAUUUGUCUUCCAAUCAAUGUCUUUAUCAGGAAUUUCAGACGACACCAACUAUACUUCAAGAUGUUGUCCAGCAAUUGACAGAGCUUUUUUAAAAUUCUGGUACUUUGAGGCCAGUUAUCACAAUUAGAUGGCAUUCUUGGGCAUUGUGUACAUCUUCAGCAACAAUUAAUCACAGAGAGCACGGAUCAGUUGAUUCCAGUCUGCUUUCAAAAUCAGGUGUCAUUAUAAUUUCUGGGGGGUUAACACACCAUAAUCAGGUUCUGCUGUGGGGCAUUCGAUUGGAUUGUUCUGUUAAACGUAAAAUUGCAAGCUGUAGAAAUUGUACCAUUUGGAUGUAAUAAUAAGCAUUCUCAUAAUGUACUAUUGGAUGGUUUCAAAGCCGAAGCUUUGGUAUUUUAGUUGUUUUCAAAUAUCACAGAUUGUGACCCAUUCCAUGGGCUGACAAUAACAGCUAGAAAUUCUUUGUGGAAUGAUUACUUCCAUAAAUGAGAACUUCAUUUUAAGGAUUGUGGCAUUUUAUGAAUUAGUAGUUUAUCAAAGUUGUUAAUUUUGAUUUA